GCAGCUUACUAAAGACAGUCAUUUGGUUAUUCUUUCGAGUAUUAUUAAGACGCUUUCGUUUAAUUUCUACUCGUUCUUGAAUUUGGAUUUAGAUUUGGAUAUCGCACGGAUACAAUCAUGAAAUAUAUUUUUGCACUUGUGCAAGUAUUGACCCUGAUUUGGUUGGUCGCCUUGGCAUUCCCACAAAGAGACUGGUCGGGCAACGUUGAUGACUCCAUAAUAUUUGAUAAUAAUGAUGAAGCGAACAGCAGCACACCGAGCAACACGCCGAGCAGCACCACGCAAAGGACAAUAAAUAAUAAUAAUAAUAAUACUAAUACUAUUAAUAAUAAUUGUCCAUGUGUCACGACUGCUGAAUACAAUCCGGUAUGUGGCACCAAUAACGUAACCUACUGGAAUAUAGGAAGAUUUAAUUGCGCGAAAAAUUGCAAUCCGCAACUUGAGAUAAGAGUGAUCAGGGCUUGUGAACCAUAUAGCCAGCUGAGCAGUAAUUGAAUACCAUAUGGUCCGCCAUCACUUUGAUAUGAUCGAUAAACAUGACAUAUAGACUUAUAUACGACGUCUAUUAGAG